GCGUUCCGGCACUUUGGCACGCGCCUAACUCCCGUCCACCGAAUGAAUGGCCCCCGGGCGAUCGGCGUUCGGCGCCCAAGCUGUUCCUAUUUAUGCUUCGCUGUGCCGUCGGGCUCGCAAGCAUUCUCUUUCAGGUUCCAGGCUCUGGGUCGCCGGUUGUGCCGACUCCGCCCCCGCGACUGCUGCGAGCAUCGCGAGUUCGAGACGAGUUUCCUUCAAGCAUAGAGAUCAGCGCGAUGGAUGACUUCUCUAUGAUCAGUGACCACAGCAUGCUACUCCAAGGCCACGGCAUGCUCGGUGCCGAAGGAUGCCUUGGUACCCGAGGUUCUUCAGGCGUUCUUCCGACUGGAGGCCGCAGGACCGUCCCAGUCCCAGCGCUCCAACUCCAAGAUGACCGCAACAACAAGGGGGAAGACAUGUUCUUCUCCGACUGGCCUGAGCUGGCCAGCUUCGACGAUCUCGAGGCUAGCCUGAGAAAUUUCGAUCCUACGUUUGAGAUUGGGAGCAGUUAUUUUGAUGACAUGCUAUGGCCCUCAAAUUGCUCACCGGGAGCUCAGCUAGCACGGAACGGCUACUCUGACGAUAUUGAUUUCUCAAUCGAUCAAAAAGACAGCAACAGCACUCCGAAGGUAAAUACGACAAAAACCAAGCAACAGUCCAGGAGAAACGGAGCUAGUGGUGGUAGCAGUGGUACAGCCUCGAACCACGAAGCACAUGCCAGCUCCUCUUCCGGUCUUUCGGACGCCGAACUCUUCCUCCACCCGUUCGAUGAUACUACAGCACUAGCGAGCCAAACGUGGGAGGAGGACCUACAGGCCAUUCUUUGUUCGAUUCCGGAAACGCGAGCAGUCGUCCCAGCGGCGUCAACCGCCAUGUGCGCCGAUGGCUCGUCCACCUGUUGCUCGGGGCCAGACAUCGUUGCCGCUCACCACGUUCCUCGCUCGGCGACGGCGACGACUAAAGACGCCGCCUUUAGUGGGUCUCCGGACACGAUCCUGGAGGAGAUGGCUGAGAACCCGCUGGACAUGUACUUCCCUCCACUGCCAACAACAUCCGGACAGUCCGGAACGAUGAUGAUGAGCGACACCACUUGGGCGCCGGAACAUCGGUUCCGAGAAGAGUUCGCGGGCAGCUGCGCUCUGGGGUGCGCGGAGCUACGGUUCUGCUCGGAGGACGUGGCCUCCGCAGGAGUAUUUCAUAAGCAGCCUGGCUCGGCGACGGCGGUCGUCCUGGAUGCCGUGCCAGUGAAGGAUCUUUCGUUUCAGAAGCUUCAGCAUGGCAUGAACCAGCUUGAUCUGGCCACCAGAGGACGCAUACGGGAUUCCCUGUACCGGUUGGCCAACAGGCUUGAACAAACGCAUUGCGUUGCCAGAACAAGCGGAAGAAUGGGUUCAAAUAGGUUCGAAUCGGACGGGUGGGGCGAAACGCAGACGACGAGCCCCAUGGAUCGGUUAGUCGCGCAGCUCCUUCUGCAGAAACCCUCUCGCCGGAAGACUACCCCGCCGCACCGCGUGACGUAGUUUUCCUCCACCGGAGGCGGAGACCCUAGUCGCCGCUUGCAUCAAUGCAAGGACUAUACCUCGUUCCUGAAUUCUGUCCUGCUUCUGCUCUGAAAGCCUGUAAUACAAGAAAAAGAAUCAUAUUUAGCAUCGGAAUAUAACAUGGCCACUUAUUUAGCACCGGAAAAGCAAUUCUUUUGAUAUAAAGGCAAUUCUUUUGA